ACAAGCAAUCCAACAUGGCGACUCACAUGUCGAGGUGCCGAAGCUGGAGUCGUGUUCAAAGGUUUGGGAUCGCAGCUUACAGAAAGUACAGCAGUGGUGGCGGAUACCCGAAUAUCUCCCUCUCCUUACCGCUGCCUGGGAUCCCCAAACCAGUGUUUGCGUCUGUGGAUGGUCAAGAAAAAUAUGAGACCAGGAUCACCACUCUAGAAAAUGGCCUCAAAGUCGCUUCCCAAAACAAGUUUGGUCAAUUCUGCACAGUUGGAAUUUUAAUAAACUCUGGAUCCAGACAUGAAGCAAAGUACCCAAGUGGAAUAGCACACUUCAUAGAGAAACUCGCCUUUUCUUCCACAGCACAGUACGGGAGUAAAGAUGAAAUCCUUCUCACAUUGGAAAAACACGGGGGGAUAUGUGACUGCCAAACAUCAAGAGACACCACCAUGUACGCUGUGUCUGCUGAAGUGAAGGGUCUGGACACUGUGGUCAAUCUCCUGUCUGAUGCCGUCUUGCAGCCUCGCCUGCUGGAUGAUGAGAUCGAGAUGACCAAAAUGGCCGUGCGCUUCGAGUUAGAAGAUCUAAACAUGAGGCCGGACCCUGAGCCGCUGCUCACAGAGAUGAUCCACGCUGCUGCAUAUCGAGGCAACACGGUCGGACUGCCUCGCUUUUGUCCUAUAGACAACGUGGACAAGAUCGACAAGACAGUGCUUCACAACUACCUGCGUAGCUACUACUGUCCGGAGCGCAUGGUGCUGGCAGGAGUGGGCAUUGAGCACGAGCAGCUGGUCGAAUGUGCCAGGAAACACCUGCUGAACGCCAAGCCGGUGUGGGGAACGAGUACGGCGGCCAAUGUGGACCUUUCUGUGGCUCAGUACACGGGUGGAAUCAUCAAGAUGGAGAAGGACAUGUCAGACGUGAGCCUCGGCCCCACCCCGAUCCCAGAGCUCACCCACAUCAUGAUCGGCUUGGAGAGCUGCUCCUUCCUGGAAGACGACUUCAUCCCAUUCGCGGUGCUCAACAUGAUGAUGGGUGGAGGCGGCUCCUUCUCAGCAGGAGGACCUGGGAAAGGCAUGUUCACCCGCCUCUACCUGAAUGUGCUCAACAGGCAUUACUGGAUGUACAACGCUACCUCCUACCACCACAGCUACGAGGACAGCGGCCUGCUGUGUAUCCAUGCUAGUGCAGAUCCCAGACAGUUGCGGGAAAUGGUGGAAAUAAUAACCAGAGAGUUCAUUCAGAUGUCUGGAAACGCAGGCGAGAUGGAACUGGAGAGAGCCAAGACUCAGCUCAAGUCCAUGCUGAUGAUGAACCUGGAGUCUCGGCCGGUUAUCUUCGAGGACGUUGGUCGGCAGGUUCUCUCCACAGGAAAGAGAAAGCUGCCACAUGAGCUGUGCGACUUAAUAAGCAACGUGACAGCCAGUGACAUCAAGAGAGUGACCACCAAGAUGCUGCGCAGUAAACCGGCCGUCGCAGCCGUCGGCGACCUCACGGAGCUGCCGUCGUACGAACACAUCCAGGCCGCCCUGUCCAGCAAGGACGGACGUCUGCCCCGCAUGUACCGCCUCCUACGAUAGACCGCCGCCGCCGGCUGUAAAAUAAACUGGACUGGAAAAUUAUACUAGUGUUCCCUCCCGACACAGAAGUCAGCACAGCUCACUCUGGGAGGGGACUAAUACCUGGGCUUCAAUCCCAAACACCUCUGAGAAAGGAGGGGUUUUAAAGAAACAAUCCAUUGUACUCUCCAGCAACAUUAGGCUGGAGAAUUUGUAUUUAUUGUUCAUGGGCAAGAAGCCAUACAUCAUUAUGUUCAAAGAUGUCUUGCAGGAGUUUGGUUUUAAAGGGACAGUUCACCCCCCAAAAACAAUUAUGUUUGUUUAUUUCCCAUUUAAAAACCCCGACCUGUUAUGAAUGAAUGAUGUUACACUGUGAAUCUUAGAAGCAAACCAUCGUAUAAAAAAAGAGAACAUCCCGGCAGUGUCUGCACUGUUACGUUAAGCCUUUGCCUUCCUCAAUUUGCAGACCUCCAACUCUCUAAAAUUCCUAUUUUUCUAGAGCAAAUGGGUGAAAACCUUAGUAUUUAUACAAAAGGACUUCAUAAUGUCCCUUCACAGCCACAGGAGACCUGAUCCACAGGAAAAAUGAAUAAAUUAAUAAUAAAGAUAAAAUUGGAAUCUUUUGUAUCAGUGACCAACUUUACUGUUUUCUCUGAAGACUGAAGUUAUGGGUUCUGUAAUUUACCUGAAAGAAACUGAAAUCUAAACAGGAAAGUGGUAUUUUUGUGUUUUUUUAUGCUAAUUUUUGAUGACCCAAAUUACAUGGGUAAAUUAAAGUAACAGUUUCACAUUUUGGCAGGAAGAUAGAUGAGAAGAUAAAUCACAUUUUUGGAUAAAUAUGAAGCCUUAGCCAUUAGCCGCUUAGCUUAGCACAAAGACUGGAAAUGGGGAAAACGCUUGGCCUAACAAAACUGGCAUCUGGAAAGCUCACUGGUUAAACAAAAAUUAAGCUUACAAAUAAAAGUUAGCGUUUCGUAGGGUCGUUCACCAUUCUAUUUCAGAACCCCGUCAAGAAACACCCUUCAGAAAACUGCAGUGUCUUGAUGAGAAGAUCUUGGUUUUUUCCCCACUGAACUUAUGCUAAGCUAACUGGCUGCCGCUUUAGCGUCGUCGUGCUACAUUCACAUGUUGGUGCAACUGGAAAAACACACUUUAUUCCAACUUUGCGGUGUUUGUUCUUUAGGCCAGGGUGGUUUGUCGUAAAGCAAACUGUGUAUUUAGCCUAAAUUUAGCUUGUUUGCUUUGCACAGAGUAUAGCUUCUUUAAUGUUAGCUGAACUGACUUAUUUAAUUUUUAUGUAACGCACAAGUUCGGAGCUAUUUUUACCACGUAGGAGAUAAUCGGAAACCUUAAGUCUGACACGGGCUUGAACUGUUUUCCCCUCUUGGCUGCUUGUAUUGACAGUUUAAACAGUGUGACAUGCACAUAAAAAUAAAUAAUGUUAGUCUUCUCAUCUAACUUUCUGCCAGAAAGAGAAUAAUCACUGUUAUUUUAAGAGACAGAUCUUUGUCUUACUGUCCGAGUGACUUUCGAGGCUCACAUCUCUUAGAGAACAUUGCAAAACAUUUAAUUCCACUGCACCCACAUAUGUGUAUUUUUAUCAUGUUUCCGUGGCUUCUGACUGCAGUGAAUGUGAACUAUGUCAACAACUGUACACAACUUGGUAAAUAAAUGUAAUUACAUGAAUUAAA